CAAAAAUAAAAUGACGUCCAGAUUUUCUCCUUUCAAAUUUGUUCUUCUUUCUUCUAAUAUACGGUUUGCCAAACUAAAACAUCUUUCGCUUGCUGCACUAGACACUGGAAUACAUAAAAUUUGUCGUGCCAGUCUAGCCAUCAAUGUAAACUCAUCUUCAUGACGCGCACAAUACUAAUUGAGUAACAUGUUAGUAAUCGGCGAUGCCGCGAUGCCGAUACCCACGAUGCCGAUGCCCACGAUGCCAAAGUACCGUUACGUAGCGUGUACUCGCCGCAUCGGCAUCGCCGCUUGCUAACAUGUUACUUUUUUAAUUACUCGUGCAGGUCUCUGGUAUGUACAUAAAUAAGUAUUGAGCUUUACACACAAAUGAAAGUAACCAUCCUUCUUGCUCCUACUUUUAUGUAUAUUGGCCCAAUUGACAAGUGUCAAUAAUUGCGCCAAUUUUCAUAAAGUUGGUGAUUUUGUGAAGUGCGGACGGAUUUUUUCUCAGUCGUGUUAUUUUUAAAAAUCGAAAUAAAAUGCCGAAAGUUCGUAAGUGUCGCGUGCGCGGGUGUGAGAGUACCAGCGGUGGGGUACUACGUUUAUUUAGUUUCCCAAAUGAAUGUGAGUUGGCUGAAAAGUGGAAGGAGAAUCUAAAAAUUUCUCCCACUGACCACGUUCCAGCCAGCAACUCAUUUAUUUGUGAGAAACAUUUUCAAAAAGAGGCAAUUGGCCCAAAAAUGCUUAAAAGGAAUGCAGUACCUACAUUACAUCUGGAUGAGGCCCCAACGCAAUUAUUUCAACCGGUGCGCCCGUACAAAAGUUGCUGCGUUAGCAACUGUGCCGGUGGAGUAAAACUUUUUACGUUUCCUAAAACGGAAGUUGCUAGAAAUAAUUGGGUUAAGGCCUGCAAUCUUCAGUUACCACUGAAAAAACAUUUAUAUAUAUGUGAAAGACAUUUUCACAAUAAAGAUAUCUCGUCAAGGCGCAUUUUGAAUGAAGCUCUUCCUGUGCUAAAUUUAAAAUUUGAAGUUGACGAAACUAGUCAGCAAUCGCCACAGUGGGUUUUGCCGCCGGUUGUACAAACAUAUGAUGUUUUAAAAACCGAGUGAACAACACCAAAUGAUAUGUCAUUUGAAGAGAUGGGAAAUCCAAAUGACAUAUCAUUUGAAGAAUUUGAAAAA